AUGCUAAAGAUCAUUGGUAUCAAAUAACAAUAUUUGGGUAUGUAGUCUUAAAUGAUAAAGUCAAGGCGAGCCACAACUUCAAUGUACCAAAAUUAAUUAAUAGGUGUUAGUAUUUAAUCAUCUAACUGAGUAAAUGAAUUUAGAGGGAAGUUUUGGAAUAGCAAAGGCUAUAACAAUCCUAAAGCAUAAAAGCCAAAUAAAGCAGAUUUAUUUAAAGGAGCAUAAUAAUAAAGUUGA